AUGUCCACCAGAAGUGGCCAAACUGAAUGUGGACCAUUUGCUGAUGAUGCUCUGGCCAUCGAAGAUCACUACGUGCCUCUCACAGUUUGGACACUUACUACUGGCCCAUUCAAAGGGAUUCAUGACGCUUCUGACGAAUAUUCCAUCAAUCACAAAGAAAUGAGUUUGUAUGAUGAACCUCUGAAACCGGGCGAUGUCGUUGCUGCUGACUGCAGCCUUGAACUAUUUUUGGAAAAAAGUUCAGGCUUAGACAAAUCAGGUUUCAAACUCGUCGGAAUUAGUUUCAUUUGUGAGGGAGAUCCUCCAGUUACAGGUGUCUCUUUGUUGGGUUCCUCCCCUUCGAAGAAAAAACUGUUGGAGGAACCGUGUGCUAUGGGAGGCCGGACGAGUUUCCGUACAGCCACAUUCCUACAUCCGAGCGAGGAACUCGCCCGGACAGCCACAUUCCCGCGGUAG